AUGAAUCCUUCCACAGAAUAUGAUGACGACCUACGGCCACCAAGACUUCCCUUGACUCCGUUUUUGUUUUAUGUUUCACACAUGACGGCUAUGAUGUCGGUUCCGAUUAAUUUCGAUCCAAUGAUACAAGCAAGACAGUUUGGUGUGGACUGGCAGGCCAUGACACCAGAAGCGCGAGCUCCUUGGGAGAAGAAAGCAGAAAAAGAUAAAGAAAAGUACUGUGAAGAUAUAGAAGUUUACCUAGUCAAAUACAGGGCGGCGAUGGGUGCAGCAAGCGAGUUGAUGAUGGAAACAGUCGUGAACAACGAUGAUGACGCGGGAGUUAUGAAUGAUCGAGAGCUUGAAGAUUCAUUGGACGGAAUUCUUUAUAUACCUGAGUUUACUGAAGAUAACAGCGCUAAUACUAUACAAUCCGACAGCCUUCCCAGUAACGGCAGCUAUACUUACUCCGAUGAUGUAAACGGUAAUAUGCAAGAAAAUACUCGUAAUAUGGACUCUUCCUUAUCCGACGACAACCCCUUUACAACCUGCUCACCUGGUAAUACCGCUUCUACCGUUGAGAGGCUUUCUCCUAGAUGCCCACCAAUCGAAAAUGUCCAAUCCAGCUCGGUUGAUUCCCUGAACGAUGCCGAACCGCCGCUCUCUUAUUAUCUCUUUGCUGACCACAUUCGUUCUCAAGUUUGGAAAAUGCACCCCCGAUAUCCUGAAGAAGAUAUCACCAUUUUCGUACACGAUCAAUGGAACCAAUUAGCACCAAAUGUGAGAUUUGCGUGGGAAGCGAAAGCGAACGAGCUGAUUUCGUCUACUCCGCAUAACGCUUCGGAUAAUCCAUUAAAUGUAAACAAUGAUGAAAAUCAGGAACAUCUCGCCAGCAAUCAACAUACAGGAACAAGACGAACAGUGUCAUUAUUGCACGAGACACAAAAUACACUUCGAUCCCCCGCCCCAAGGGGGUAUAAUAAAUCUAGUGUAUUUCGAAAUAUGUCGUCAAUAAAUCCUACUUUUGAAAAGUAG